UAUAUUUGGUCAGUUCGUUAUACGAUAAUAAGAUCCGGUGCAUAAUGCCCGGUGCCUUCGACCAACUCAAGGCAUUAGCAACACUCAACCUAUUGUCAAAUCCCCUCAAUUGUAACUGUCAUAUGAGAUGGCUAUCCAAUUGGCUCAAGAAUCACAAUAUUGUCACAGGCAAUCCCAGAUGUCAGACACCAGUCGACUUGAGGGACAUUCCCAUUGAGGACAUCGAGCCCAAGGACUUUGAAUGUUCGGAAGUAGAGCGCGAUUACGCCGACUGUGGACCGGACUCUCAAUGCCCGUCGCGAUGCAUCUGCACCGGC